UAACCCUUCAUUUCACUUAUUCGCAUACUAGUGAUAUCAUUGAACUCCCAUAAUGACAUACCCAACAAGCAACGCCGCUAAUACAGUUGGUACAGGCACUACAGCCGGCACGGUUCAUCACUUCGGUCCAGACUCAACAGUUAAUCCUGCGGGAACCACCGCUGGUCAAGGACCUAUUAGUCGCGGUAUUCAACAUGUCGAGAACGCAGCGGGCGUGGGUCCUGCUAGCACCACUGGUACAGGUACUGGUGUAGGCACGGGUGCUGGUGCUGGUUUAGGCGCGGGUGCUGGUACUGGUACUGGUAUUGGUGCUGGUCUAGGCACGGGUGCACAUGCACCUACGGGAGCCACCACCAGAACUGCUGGCCCGACUUCAGGAGGCGUAAGUACUGGCAAAGUUCCAAUUGGUCAGAAACUUGCAGGCGAAGCGGAGAAAUUGGCGGGAAAGGUAACUCGUGAUCCUGGUCUUGUCAUUCAGGGAGAGGAACGCAAACAUGGCGCGAACGUCGGCGGCAACGCCUAUGGCGGAACGACUGGCGCUACUGGUACUGGUACCAACUAUUGAACCAAUGCCUUUGAUGUACUAUGGGCGGGAAUGUUGUAACGCUACGGACUUUGACUAUUUGCUGUAUCAAUAAUGUAACAUGCAUCAUAAUCGCCACAAAAUAUGUCAUGUUAUUUGAGACUCAUGCUCCUAGGGUCGCUAUGAAGGUU